UUACAGAGGGGUAAAGAUGUGGGAAUUUCCACCAGAUUGAGCACCCUGUUUCUGCCACUUUCGGAUUGUCACCUUCAGAUGGUAUAAAUACAGGUGAAUAUGCUGGAUACCCAACAGUGUUUCACUAAAUACUAAUCCAGUAGUAUAUUUUUGCUCAACUUGAGGCGCAUUAUCUAAAUUUAUAGAUACCAGAGACUUCGUACAAGCCCUGAGCCAUUAACCAUUAGCCAAACUCUGGUUUUGAGUAACUUUCCUCGGUCGUUUGAUACAAAUUUCUAGCUAAUUUCCAGACAACUCAUCCUAGGGAUGGCUAUGAUUACAGUGCGAAACGUUUUCCUCGUCGCCAUGGUGUGCCUGUACAUCCAGGCGGCCUUCUCGAUCCCUCUUCAACCGUCAUCAGACGGGACGGGACUCUCUGGUAUCCCCGACGUACCGGGGAAGGCUUGCCUUGCAGAUGAUCCUGAAGAACGCGUUCGUCGGCAGCAGGAUGCACACUCCUUGUUCCCGUACCAGAAAGUCUACGCCGUCCAGAGCUUCAAUUAUUCGUCACCGGACGUUUUCAGUGAUGCCCUACCCGCCCUCGAUUGCCCCAUGGGAACAAAAGAAACUGAAGUCACCAGAGAUGUCUCAACCGAAUCAACGUGUCCAUUCACAUACGUCACAUGUUACGACCCUGAUCGCAUACCAGCUCGCCUGACGGUGGCCCAGUGCGGUGGCUCCUCGUGUAUCGAUCCGUAUAAGAACGAAGAAGAUCCGGAACUUUCUUGCCAGCCAGUGUACUACAACAUCAAGGUUCUGAGGAGGAAGAGCUGUAAGAAUGGCAUGUUUCAUUAUGAGGAACAAGAUGAGCGGAUUCCAGUUGCUUGUGCUUGCAUGAGACAAGAGGCUGCCAAGUUAUAAACGAAUCUUCGGACAAAGCUCACAAACGGUGAUAAACACGAAGAUGCUUCCUCGUUACUUCAAACGAAUUCAUUGUUCGUUAGGAAGAAUUAUUGAUACGGCUUUGCAUUUAGGAAUGGAAUCGGUGUGAUCUUCCUAUAUCAUAACAGAAUUAAUGAUCUCCAUACAUGUCGAAUUUCAAAAACAAUUAAUAGUAAAUGGUGAAGGAAUAAUAAAGUGCUAUAAUAGCAGUGUGUAAGUAUAUAUAUUUUAUGUUUUCCAAUGUUAGUUGAAUAUUAGUUGUAUAUUUCGAUAGUUGUGUCUUUUUAUUUACUCGUUUAUUUAUAUUGUUGAAGGAAUGAUAUAUAUUCUAAUCGCAAUAUAUUCAUGUUAAUAUAUAAGAACAUUUAUCUCAUGAUGAGAAAUUUGUGUGUAGAAAUGUAUUGAAAAAUCUAUAUAUUUAUAGUUUGAAUAUAAGAGGAACAUUUCUCUAUAAUAUUGUGCAUAUUUACGCACUUUUUAUAACUUCAGUCAAGGUAGUGUGGCUCAAUAUAGUAUCCACUAUGUGGAUUUGUUUCGAUUUUGUUCUCUUCGUACAGUUUCUUUACAUUUAAGGAAUAACAUUUAUUUCUUACCUUACUAUCAGCUGUUUAUGACUCAUUUCACGCGUGAAUGAAUUUUUGCCCCUCUGUAAAAAGGGGUUUUCCCGCUUUUCGAAACAUAUGCAAUGAACGACAAUAGCCCAUAUACAUGUGUGUAUAAGAGAAGAUUCAUAUGUUACACAGACAUUCUGGCAACAAUAGUUGGGGAAAUUUCCCCUUCCCACGGUAAUAGACAACAGAAAUCCAUGUUUACUGUCGCCCACUGACAAAAGAAAGCAACUUUGAUUUUGUUUUUCUUCUUCAAAAUUUACCUGUUUUAUUUGGGAUAUUCUCUGUAUGCUCUAAAUGAUGCCAAAGAAAUUGAAAUUGCUCAGACCCCGAUUUCUGAAAUAUAGACGUUUCAAAGGCCAAUAAGUCUAUACAUUCACGAAUAAAAUAAUUAUAGAUUGUUUUUCUUUACGAAGAAAAUCACUCCACGUACACAUAAUCGCUCAUUUUUGUCAUCGCUGACAAAGGGAAGCGUCUCUUUGGAAUAUAAUCGCUCAAGCGUUCUGGGAAGCAUGACAUUGUCAUCAACAUUUUUGUCCGUCAAGUUCUUUCCUUUAUUAUGAUUGGCCGAGGAGCACUGUUACUAUGGUAACUGUGUAAUACAACAGUCCUUUCUUGAAACACUCCCCUGAUCAUGAAUGUGAUUUUACUCCCAUGGAUACAUCCACACAGGUUCCAUGACAUUUGCUUCGGUGAGAUUUGCUCCAAUAGAAAAGCUGCACGAUUUGCCACAACAUAAAACUUAACCUCCAACACUUAAUAAACCCUACACUGUUACAAAAUUUAUCCUUAGAAUAAAUGAAGUUCCUGCAGCAGAGUCUCGAGAACACCUACAAAUCUUACCAGAUUGCGUAAUCUUACAGGAAAUUGGU